AAAGACUAUAAAUCCAAGCCCUCACCUCCAAAACUAAUUACUCAACAUUUCUCUCCAAACACAAAAUAAAAAAAAAUUGAUUCAAAAGCUUAAUUAGCAGUUUUAAAACAUGGCUUCAAAGAACACUACAGCUUUCUUCCUCACCAUCAACCUCAUCUUAUUUGGCUUCACCGUGGCCCAACCUCCGACAUGUCCAAGGGACAUCGAAGCUUGUAGCAACGUGUUUGGCCUGGGCAGGAUUCUCAACUAUCAAACAGUGAGGCCAUGUUGCACUCUCGUGGAUGGGCUUGACGCCUAUGUGGCAUCUGUCUGCAUCUGCGAUUCCAUUAAAAUAUAUGGCAUCAGUUAUCCAUUCACUGUGGGACUUGUUCAAGUUCUUAGCCUUUGCGGAGCGGACUAUCCCCCACCUGGUUUCAGAUGCAGAGAGAACGAAAUUUCCGUAUUAUCAUAUAAUAAUGGUGCAAGUAUGGCUCUCUAAUAUAUGUGUAGCAUGAUCGUAGUUGUUGCUGAAAUAUAAUAAAGUGAAAACAUUCGUACUAUUACAACAAUUGCUACAACAACUGCUCCAACUCAUAAUCUGGUUUCAUGCUUAUCGCUUUGGUUUGGAAAUUUCCAAUAGUUGGGCCUAUUUCUAAAAAGCAGUGCUCCCUAUAAGGAAAGUAAUGUGUCUCUAUGUAACACUCUUAGUUUCAGAUGACAUAGUAAAAUACUCUUUACCUUGUGUUUGUUCUAUUUUUGUUAUUUCAAGAGGUUUUCAAUGCUAUUAGGUCAGCUUGAAACCGAAUGGACUAUAUAGUUCUGUCUUUUCUAUUGUGCUAGGUUAUGAGGCCCUUAGCCCAUUUACAUAUUGUUAAUGUUGUAUAGAUCAAUUAGGUCUAAGCUAUCUUGUAUAUAAAGGUAUUGUCUUCUACCGUAAUCAAUAAGAGUCUUCUUUCACAAC